AUGGCGCCGAUCUGGAUGAGCCUGGCUGUGGUGACCACCACCGCGAUUUUAUUGCUACUGCUUUUCCGGCCGUCAAGGUAUGUCAACACAACAGGACAAAACUCAGUCCAGAUAGUGGUACUGGGUGACGUUGGUCGAAGUCCCCGCAUGCAGUAUCAUGCGGCCAGUAUUGCGAAUUACGAUGCAAAAGUCGAGUUGAUCGGUUUUCUAGACACUGAUCCCCUCAAUGAUUUGGUCGCCAACGUCAACGUGCGUAUAGUACCGCUUUCAUUACCGCCGAAGUGGCUUCAGACAAGCAACAAGCUGUUGUUCCUCGCUUUCGGUCCACUUAAAGUGCUAUUACAGGUUUGGUCCCUGUUCAACGCUCUCGCCUAUCGCACGGAGCCGUCAAGGUGGAUGAUAGUCCAGAACCCGCCAUCUAUUCCAACGCUGUUUAUUGCUGCCGCCGUCUGCUGGGUUCGUGGAACGAGGUUAAUCAUUGAUUGGCACAACUUUGGAUUCUCAAUCCUGGCACUCAAGCUGGGAAACGAACACCCCCUAGUACGGAUAUCAUACGCGUACGAAUUUCUUCUUGGCCGACUAGCCUUUGCACACAUCACGGUGACCAAUGCAAUGGGCCAUGUGCUGCGCAGCAAGCUCGGUCCAAAUGCUUUGAUCAUGACUUUGCAUGAUCGACCUGCACGCAUUUUCCAACCCACAGACGAACAGCAGCGUUUGGCAUUCUUGCAAAGAUACAGCACAGUCGUCCAACACUACAGUGCCAUCGCCGAUGGUGAUGCCAGGUUAUUGGUGUCAUCUACGUCCUGGACUCCUGACGAGGACUUCUCCAUCUUUCUAGACGCACUCUGCCAGUACUCGAAGUCUGCUCAGGCUGACAGCCGGCAUCUUCCAGACCUGGUCGUAAUCAUUACGGGCAAAGGGUCGCAGAAGCAAUACUAUGUGGACAGAACGAAGAAGCUCAAGGCGCAAGGCAUGCUCGAGAAGGUCUCAAUCUACACGGACUGGCUCAGCUUCCACGACUACGCGAGUCUGCUAGCGGCAGCAGAUCUUGGCAUCUCGCUGCAUACGAGCAGCAGUGGUGUAGACCUACCCAUGAAGGUCGUUGACAUGUUCGGUGCGGGCUUGCCCGUGCUCGGAUGGAGCAAGUUCGCGGCUUGGCCAGAGCUGGUGACUGAAGGGGUCAAUGGCAGAGGCUUCGGCAACGCUGACGAGAUGGCAAUUGCCCUUCGCGAUCUGUUUCAGCCGAAUGCUCGAGUACUUGCGACGCUCAAGCAAGGUGCCCUUCAGGAGAGCAAGAGAAGAUGGGACCAUGAAUGGACACCUGUGUUGGGCAAGUUACUGGAGGUAGGCAAGGUGAAGUGA